GCACGUAUAUCGUUCAAACUCCCCCUAAUCGCUCCGCUCUUGAGCCCUCUGGUCACUCGCCCGGACGAUUCCCCUCCCUGCGCCUGUCCUUUCAUUGCUGACAAACCCGCAGGGUUGCCGAUGAGUUUCGAUUUCCCAGGAACUGUGGUGGGGGAGGAGGAUCCCGUAAUGGACGCCUACACAGUUCUGACGGGCGGGGCACGACGCCCUUCCGCCGACUCGGAAACGAGCCAGGUGUCCGCAUACACAGCCGGCACGAAUUCCUUGCCAAAGAGCCGAAACCGAACUCGCCAUGGCAACGGUGUAGCUUUCAACACUCCGCCAGUGGAGGCAAAGCCAUCCCCUCCACCUUCCGAUGGGGAGCGGCUCAUUGUGCAUACGAUGCCAAGACGGAGUUAUGUGGCGGAUAACAUUCCACGGCUGGUGUAUACAACGAAAUUCGGCGGCAAGACGGAUUUCCCAUUGAUUGGCGAUGAGACAACAGUAGGGAGAAGGGAUGACAACAAUAUAUCCCUUCCAUGUGCGCGGAUAAGCAAAUAUCAUGGACUGAUCGUCAAAGGCGAGCAGGGAUACUAUCUGCGUGACAAGAACUCGUCGAACGGCAUCAGGGUGAAUGACAAGCUGAUAGCUCCGAAUACUCCACACCUCCUGAGGGAAAAUGAUAAGAUUGAGAUUGGGUCUUUCAUUCUAUACUUCCAUGAUGGCAUACCGCGGAAGAUCAAAGUCGAGCCAUCAUCGCCACUACCGUCCCCAUCCACACCAACCACGGCGGUUCCUGGCAGUGUAUAUGGGGCCGUAGCAUCAGGAGCAGCCGCAUAUCAACAACCACCGCAUGCGCUGUCUCCGUCUCGGCGUCCCUCGGCCGCCGGGCAGAAUGAUGACGAUUACAAAUAUAACAAACUUGUAACAAUUUUGCCUUCUGAGCAAAAGUACGAUCAGUCGAUGACAAUUCAAGCGGAGUUGCCGGCAACCGGGACGGAUAUGGUGUCGAAUCAGUUUCAACGAGGGGACGAUGUCACGGAUAUCAACACGUUGAGGGAGGACUACGAGAAACUGCGACUGGCGUACGAGCUCUCCAAAGUGUUUUCCACCAACAUCACGUCAGCAUUGUCUAAAUCCUGCGAGUUGAUGUUUGACAUUCUCCCCAUCGACCGAGCUGUUGUGUUACUACGGGAGGAGGACACCAAUAUGCUUUGCGUACACUACGUCAAGAUUCGCGAAGGGCGGGGCUACGAUCAUAAGGAAAUUUGCCUCUCUUCGACUAUCCUGCGGAAGGUGUUCCAUUCGCGGAAAUGUCUGGUCACCUCGGACGCUUUCGAAGAUCCGAUGCUUUCAAAGCAAGCCAGUGUGAAAGUCGGACAGAUUCGGUCUGUGAUUUGCGUGCCGCUCAUUUCACAUAACAAAGUGCACGGGAUUCUGCAUUUGGACUCUCGCGACCGAAUCAACGCGUUCUCGACGAAAGAUGUCUCCUUGGUCCUUACCAUCUCAACCCAGACCGCCUUGGCAAUCGAGAACUCUUUACUCAUUAAAGAGAUCCAAAACAAAGCGAAGUUGCAAGAGAACUUGUCUCGUUUCUUGCCGCCACACGUCGUCAGCAAGAUGACGCAUGCCAAAGGAAUCGAAGGGAUACGUAAAGGGGGAAGGGAAGUGGUGGGGACGAUUCUGUUCGCCGACAUUCGUGGAUUCACGCAAUUGUCGGAAAAGUCAACUCCGUCGGAAGUCGUUUCGCUUUUGAACGACUAUUUUGAGCGGCUUGUCAAUAUAGUCUUCAAGUACUCAGGUAUUGUCGACAAGUACAUUGGCGAUGCCCUUAUGGCUGCAUUUGGGACGUUAGCGGACGAGGGGCCAGAUCCGGAAUUCAGGGCCGUGAGCGCUGCCCUUGAGUUCAAAGAAGCUAUUCGGGAUAUGAACAUUGAAAGGGCGAAAACCGGAAAAGAGCCGGUAUCUGUCGGCAUCGGGCUCAACACGGGCGAGCUCCUCACUGGUUUUAUAGGAUCAUCUCAGCGUCUCGAAUAUACCUGUAUCGGCGACACCGUCAACACAUCCUCCCGCAUCUGCUCGAUGGCCUCCACGAAUCAAGUGCUAAUAUCGCAAAGCACAUGGGACGCGCUCAAUGGGAGAUUCGAAGUCCAAGAAGUUGGAGGGAGGAUGUUCAAGGGGAAAGAGAGGGAGGUGGUUGUGCACGAGGUCAUGGCCAAGUUGGAUCUUCCACCACCAGAGCGAUUGAGUCCUCCACCGGCUCAGACGUGAGACACCAACUUUAUUUUAGGUUUCUUCGCUCCUGAUUGCACUGGUGUGUUGAUUUUGUACAUAUCUCGCACAUUUUUGGUUUUUGUAAAUAGCGUGAUUGUGGUACAUAACAUAACAAUCAUGGAAUUACAUGCUGUUUCGUAUGUUACGUAGUUAAGAGCUGGCCUUGAAGCGGACUACCCCAGGCGUGGUUCACAAUCCAAGUGUCUUCUUUAACCGAAACUUUACUAGUACUAGCCUGCCGGUGUGACAAAAACAAUCU